UUUCGAUUGGCCUGCCCAGGGAUUCAAGAAAAAGUCGACUGUUACCUGGCUUAUGCAGUAGUAACCUUGGAGUCUCCGUGGUGCAGCUAUGAAGUCUUACACUCCCUUUUUCAUGCUCCUGUGGAGUGCUGUCGGGCUAGCCAGGGCUGCCAAAAUCAUCAUCGUGCCGCCAAUCAUGUUCGAAAGCCACAUGUACAUUUUCAAGACGCUGGCUUCCGCCCUGCACGAGAGGGGCCACCACACAGUGUUCCUGCUCUCGGAAGGCAGAGACAUCGCCCUGUCGCCCCAUUACAGCCUCCAGCGCUACCCAGGGAUCUUCAACAGCACCACCUCGGACGCUUUCCUGCAGUCCAAGAUGCGGAACAUUUUCUCGGGGAGACUGACAGCCGUGGAGCUCUUCGACAUCCUGGAUCACUACACCAAGAACUGCGACAUGAUGGUGGGCAACAGGGCCUUGAUCCAGGACCUAAAAAGGGAGAAGUUCGACCUGCUGCUGGUGGACCCUAAUGACAUGUGUGGGUUUGUCAUCGCUCACCUGCUAGGGGUCAAGUAUGCGGUGUUUUCCACUGGCCUGUGGUACCCAGCGGAAGUGGGGGCACCUGCCCCCUUGGCUUACGUCCCAGAGUUUAACUCGCUCCUCACAGACCACAUGACCUUGCUGCAAAGGAUGAAGAACACUGGCGUUUACCUCAUUUCCAGAUUAGGGGUCAGCUUUCUGGUCCUUCCCAAGUACGAGAGGAUAAUGCAGAAGUACAACCUGCUGCCCGAGAAGUCCAUGUACGACCUGGUGCACGGGUCCAGCCUGUGGAUGUUGUGCACGGACGUGGCGCUGGAGUUCCCGAGGCCCACGCUGCCCAACGUCGUGUACGUGGGAGGCAUCCUCACCAAGCCGGCCAGCCCACUACCAGAUGAUCUGCAGAGGUGGGUAAGUGGUGCAGAUGAGCAUGGCUUUGUCCUGGUGUCUUUUGGAGCCGGGGUCAAGUAUCUGUCUGAAGACAUCGCUAACAAACUGGCCGGAGCUCUGGGGAGGUUGCCCCAGAAAGUGAUUUGGAGGUUUUCCGGGACCAAACCAAAGAAUCUAGGAAACAACACGAAGCUGAUAGAAUGGCUGCCACAAAACGACCUGCUCGGGCAUUCAAAUAUCAAAGCCUUCCUGAGCCAUGGUGGUUUGAAUAGUAUCUUUGAAACCAUGUAUCAUGGUGUCCCUGUAGUGGGAAUCCCACUCUUUGGAGAUCAUUAUGAUACCAUGACCCGCGUGCAGGCAAAAGGCAUGGGGAUCUUGCUAGAGUGGAAGACAGUGACGGAAGGAGAGCUGUAUGAAGCGCUGGUGAAAGUCAUCAAUAACCCCAGCUACCGUCAGAGGGCCCAGAAGCUUUCGGAAAUCCACAAGGACCAGCCCGGUCACCCUGUCAAUCGGACCGUCUACUGGAUCGAUUACAUUCUCCGUCACAACGGAGCCCAACACCUCCGUGCUGCCGUUCAUCAGAUCUCUUUCUGUCAGUAUUUUUUACUGGAUAUUGCCUUUGUGCUUUUGCUUGGUGCUGUCUUGUUUUACUUCCUGGUGUCCUGGGUGGCAAAAUUUAUCUACAGAAAAAUCAAAAGUGUAUGGUGUAGAAAUCAGCAUAGCACAGUGAAUGGACAUUACCAGAAUGGCAUCCUUAACGGCCAGUACAAGAGAAACGGCCACGUGAAACACGAAAAGAAGGUGAAAUGAGCCCGCAGUCUGUCCAGUCACUGAGUUUUUAUCGCUAUAAUUUAGUGUAACCGCUACUAAAAGUAAAACGUCAGUAAACAAUUCUAACAUGCCCUCAUCUGAUCUUACUAAUGAAAUUGUGUGGUUUCCAGAUGGCUAUAAAAAGCACAACCUACCAUGCAAACGUGUACGGUACUCCAGUACCGAUGCGGAGUUUUGGCACUGAACCUUUCCGAAGCCUUAAUUAUUUAAAUCAGUUAAGUGACCAGGUGAGACCUUAGUGUUAAGCCUCUGUGUGUACGUCCCAGGUAAGGAACCAUUUUUCUCUUCCACACAUUUGUUUGUAUGUCUGUUUCCUCAUGAAGAGAAUUGUCAGCUGACUGCUUAUACUGCUUGUUCUACUCGUUGAAGGUAACACACACACGUCAGCAGUAGGUACACAGAACCCCCAGCGUAGCCUUUCUAGAAUUGAAUGCCUAUGAACUCCAGCUCAUUACCAGGAGAGCACAUUUUCCCUCAGACCACAGCAGAGGAAGGAAAGGGUCAGUCACACCCUUUCUCGGACUUCUAUUUUUGUCCUUUUACUCUUCACAUUUUGUGCUUUGUUUUGGCUUUCCUUUUCUUCCCGGCUGUGGUCCCUUGUAGGGGGGAAAGAAAAUAUGCCCAUGAGUAGCUGCCCUGGUUCUGUUUUGUUUCUCCCCUACCGAUAAUUUUCCCCUGGAAGAAUUUUGUAGCUUAUUUGAUUUGACUUUAAUGAGUGACAUUAAGCACAUAAUCAAGACAAAGCCACCAAGCCCUGACUUUUGUUCAAAGUACAAAGUACUAAAGAUUAUUGCUUUUUUUGGCAUUGUUAUUGCUUUCUUGGCAUUGUUAGGCAGGGCCACUGUUGGAACUUUUUUGUAAAUGAUGCUUUUCUAUAAUGUCAUUUUUGAAUGUUCAGGUGUUAUUUUCUGAAGCUCUAGCUUAAAACAAACCACCCUUCACCCCUUGUGCUGUCUGGGCUAUGCAGCCUGUACCACACAGGUGCCAACGUUCAGUGCUCUCCAGUGGAACAUUUUCCACUUUCCACGCUGGCCCCUGUUUGGUCUGAGCGGCUGACGAUCCUCUUAAUAGCCCAAAGUGUGCACAGUACACAGAGGGGCGGCCUGUGGGUGAAUGAGUCCCCACGGUCCCCCGCUCCCUCAGCCUGCCGCCUGCCUCUGAGGCUGGCUGGGGCACUGAGUGUUCCUGGGGAAUCAGGAUGCAAGGCCCAGACAGCAUGAAGGCAGGAUCUCCUGGCCAGCGGAUCGCUCGUUGGCAACUCUGCAUUUUCUCCAUGUCAUUCUGUUUACUUGGCCUUGCACUCCGUGUGGAGUGUCAGCUUUAUUUAUUCCUGGUUUGAAACCCCACACCUGACAGCUGAGAGUAGAAAAGGCUGCACGUACCUAACGACAUCCACUAACGCGGGAAGCGUGGCGAACAUUCUGGAAGGUUGGCUCUCCUCCUCAUGCACGAUGACAUGCAGCUCACUCUCCCACCAGGAGCCGCUCUCCUCCACUUAGAGAUAAUGUCUUAGUCGCUUCCUGCGGUUCGAAGCCGAGGCCCUGCUGUCUGGAUACUUGAAGAAAUGGUCUUUUACAUAUAAGCCUUAUUAGUUCUACCUUUUCACAAUCUUAUCACAAUGUUGCCGUGAAGGGGGGCGAAAGGGCCAGGCCGUGAGUGGUGGGAGGUGAGCAGGGCUUUGGAGUGUAUGCUUGGGUCAAUUUCACUUUUCUUUGGCAUGGGAUGAAGUUGACAGUGGGUACUGACUGGAUGAUGAAGUUAAUCUCCACUGUGAUAAAAACUUAAUAAACAUGAUUUAAAAAUA